AUGUGUCUCAUUUAUCUUUUAGCAACGUGUAUCAAGGGUCAUCGAGCUUCCCACUGCAAUCACAAGGAUCGACCACUGAUAGAAAUCAAAAAGAAAGGACGACCUGCAACACAAUGUUCUCGCUGCCGAGAGUUACGACUGGUUCGACAACUCCAUGUAAAAUGCGACUGCAACGAUACACCUGUAAUACGGCCACGAUCCAUCAAGAAACCAACAAAAGAAAAAGCCAUCCAUUCCAGCUUACGCGCUAUUGCACCUAGACCCAUACGUAUUACUUUGAGUGAGGAAGAAGGGACGAUAGAUAACAGUGUUGCCAAGCCAUCAUGUUGCUCAUCCCAAAAUACCAGGGCAUCCAACAACAACAACACCAUUUCGCAUUCUCCUAUCAGCACACCACCCGUUGCUAUGACUACCACCUCCUCUUCUUGUUGCUCCUCCUCUUCUUCAUCAUCAUCACCAUCACCAUCACCACCACAUUCAUCUACUACAUCUUGUUGCUCUUCUUCAUCAUCACCAUCUUCAUCCUCACCGAUCUCAUCUUCACCGCAGCAACAGCAACAGCAGCAGCCAUCAUCCUCAUCAUGUGGCGAUUCUUGUUGUGGCACAGCUCCAACGAUAGCAAAAGCAGCCUCGAACAAACGUGUACGCCUAGUCACUUGUCGUUGUGGCGAUUCGUGUGCAUGUCCUGGUUGUGAUGCACAUCCAUCUCGUGCUAUGAGAGGUUCUUCUGAUCCCUAUGUCAACACCAAUGAUGAUGAUGAUAAUCCAAGACGUCAACUCUCUAUUGCAGCCAUAUGCUCAUCCACUACUCCUGAUUCAGCAUCUUCAUCGUCAUCAUUACCACCACCACCACCGUCAUCCCAUAUCAACACCAAACCAUCGAUUAUCGAUAAGCCUUCCUCUGUAUUAACCGAAAGUGGUGUCGAGCUAUGCGGAUGUGGAUGUUCCCAAUUACUUCAAGAUUGCUCUGGAUGUGGUUUCAAUGACCUGUGCCGAAGUAAGUAA